GAGUGCAACGCGCCAAGAGACUCUUUAUUUGCAUGUGCAGUAGCUGGUCCAUGCACAGGGAGGUUAUCUCUUGACACUGAGAAAGGGCGUGGAAAAGUAAAUUUAUUAACGACACAGCUCAGUCAGUUCAGCUUCUUUCUUUCUUUCUUUCUUUCUUUCUUUCUUUCUUUCUUUCUUUCUUUCUUUCUUUCUUUCUUUCUUUCCUUUUCUCUUUCUGUCUUUUGCUGCUCUCGGUACCGCAGUGAUGCGUCCUGCUUGCGCGCCUUGGACUGCGCUUGUAUUGUGAUGGAACUCCGGAGGUGUGUGUGUGUCACCGGGGAGCAAGAGGACAUCUGCAAGUCUAGGCCCGACGGUGACAUCGGGCCAGGAGUGCCUCAUGUGUUGGGCUCCCUCCUCUGUGUUCUUGGUCCCCGCUUUCCCUCAUCCUCCCAGCUUCAGUGGGAUGUCCCAGGUGGCUUUCCUCUUGGCCUUGCUCAUGCUCUGCAACUGCUCAAAGGUGUCUUCGACCACAUCCCCGAAGCGUGUGAAGGAGCAGUGGAGCAACUACAAGAAUCAGUGUUUAGACUUUUUGAGCUCUCUACCCCCCACAACAGCAGGGGCGGUAUGUAACAGGACAUUUGACCAGUAUGCCUGCUGGCCUGAUGGACUCCCUGGAACCACAGUGAAUGUAUCUUGCCCUUGGUUCUUACCUUGGCAUUAUAAAGUCCAGCAGGGUUUGGUCUACAGAUCCUGUGGCAAAGAUGGUAGAUGGGCCCAGAAAAAUACCAGUGAAUGUGAGGAUGACCCUGGCCAGCAGCUGUAUGGCCACAUCCUCAGUCAGUUUCGAAUUAUGUAUACGGUGGGAUACUCGCUGUCUCUCGGAGCUCUGCUACUGGCCUUGGGAAUCCUCAUCAGCUUCAGGAAGCUACACUGCAUGCGGAACAACAUCCACAUGAACUUGUUUGGCUCCUUCAUCCUGAGAGCUGUGUCCAUUCUGGUUAAAGAUGCCCUGCUGACCCUUACACUGGACCCCAGGAGCAGUGGUGAAACAAAGGUUCAAACUUGGAUCAACAUACCGGCUGUGAUGUGGUGUCGGGGCGCUAUGGUGACGAUGCAUUACACUGUGAUGGCCAACAACUAUUGGCUGCUGGUGGAGGGCAUCUACCUGCACAGUCUGCUCGUCAUCACUGUGUUCAGUGAGAAGAAGUACUUUUACAUUUACAUGGCCAUCGGUUGGGGCGCCCCACUUGUGUUUGUUUCACCCUGGAUCACAAUGAAGUACCUCUAUGAGAAUGAAGAGUGCUGGGAGAGAAAUAUUAACAUGGGAUACUGGUGGAUCAUCCGCUCCCCAAUAUUGGUUGCUUAUCUGAUUAAUUUUUUCAUAUUUAUACGAAUCAUCAAAAUCUUGAUGUCUAAACUCAGAGCUCAUCAGAUGAGAUACACAGACUACAAGAUCAGAUUAGCAAAAUCCACUCUGACUCUUAUCCCUCUGCUGGGGAUUCACGCCAUUCUCUUCACCUUUGUCAUCGACGAGUCCGUCCCAAAAGGUUCCAUUUUACGGCUGAUGCGGCUCUUCUGUGACCUCCUGUUCAACUCCUUCCAGGGGCUGCUCGUUGCCAUCUUGUACUGCUUUGUCAACAAAGAGGUGCAGUCAGAAAUGCUGAAAAAGUGGAAGCGGUGGAAGCUGGGUAAGGACAUUGACGAAGAGUACCGACACACCCAUAGCCAGACGCCACACAUUAAAAGCGGUAGCAUCGCAACAGGAAACCUGCCUGAUCUCCUUGACAACAACACCAGUGACCCCAGUGGGGGCUCAAUGGGUACACUGCAACACAAAAAAGCUGACAGAGGCUCAUCCAGCUCUACCGCACCUGAUGAAAACCACCAGUUGGUCAUGUCCUACAGCGACGAGAUGGGGAAAGUCAACAAAAAUGCCUUUCACCUCUCCUUCCUGUGCCAGCGAGACCUCGCCAGCACCACCUUGGAGGACGUGUGUCUGGAGGAGAGGGCACAGUGCCACUCUUAUCCUACGGAAGGAGCAGAAACUGAUGUCUGAGUCUUUUGCGAAUGUGCACUGUGAAGCAAGACUGUUGCUUUUAACCAAUGAGUUUAAAGUUUAAAGGAACUUUGGUUUUCGGAGCUUUGAGAUUAAAAAAAAAUAAAAAUAAAAUUUUUGAGACUUAAGACAUGCGGAUCGAACUGAUGAUGGUUGAAUCCAACUCAAGUCAUGUUUGGUAAAGUGUGACUGUGUUAGUGUCUCUGUACUUUUAAUGUUGAUGCCUCUGUUGUGUGUGUCUUCGGUGCAAUGGAUGCACAUUUGUGGUACUCUAUAACAUCACCC